AUGGGGUUAUUUAAGGUUGUCUUUUUUACCAAUGGCAAAUUUGUAAGAGAUGAAGGGGUAUCAUAUGAAGGGGGCGAUGUUUUUGCUAUAGCUGGUCAGGACCCAGAUUUCUGGUCAUAUUUUGAAGCAUGUGAUUUACUUAAGUCUUUGGAUGCUUCAUUUAUAAAGGAAGAUGUGAAAAUGUGGUGGAAGUCCGAACAUGGCUCACUUGAAAAUGAUCUAAAACCACUUGUUAAUGAUGAGGAUGCAACAUUGUUAGCUAUGUGUGCUGAGGAGACAAAGUCUGAUAUUGAGAUAUAUACUGAGCCAAAAGACAAUGUUAAUUCAGAAGAUAGUGAAGAUAGUGAAUCAAGUGAAGACUCUUUGGAUGGCAUACAUUUUGAAGAUAGUGAAGAGGAGAGGAUGAAUGAUAAUGAUGAAGAUGUAGGUGAAGAGAUCAACAAUUCUGGUGCAGGUGGAGUGGAAGAUGGUGCAGGUGGAGUAGAAGAUGGUGCAGGUGGAAUAGAAAAUGGUGCAGGUGGAGCAGAAAGUGGUGCAGGUGGUAUACAUACAGGAAUGAUGACAGCAGAGAUGGAAAGGGAAUACAUAAUUGAUGAUGACUACUUAACAGAUGAGCUUGAUAGUGGGGCAGAUGAUGAUAGUGAUGGUGGUAGGCCUUCAGUGGCUGUACUGGAACACAAUGUGUUGAAUGGGAGGGAAGUUAAGUUUGCCAAAAAUGAUGGGGAAAGGUGCAGGGUUAUUUGUAAGAAUAAACAACAAUGUGGUUACACUGUUUUAUGCAGUAGAGUGUUGAGAACUGAAUCAUUCAGGAUUAAGACUUUAAUUCAGAAGCACAAAUGUGGAAGGAAGUUCUUCAACAAGAAUGCUAAUGCUGAUUGGGUGUCUAGAAUAAUUGUGGACAAGUUGAAGAACAAUUCAGGUAUGAAAUUGAAUGAGAUUGUUUCUGAUGUUAGAUUGAGGUUUGCCACAGAAAUUACUGGAUGUAGGGCUUUCAAAGCAAGGCAAAUAGCUAGAAGGGUUGUUGAAGGUGACUCAGCCAAGCAGUACACUAUGUUAUGGUCAUAUGGAGCUGAAUUGAGAAGGGCAUGUAUAGGUAAUACAUUUAAGUUGAACAUUUCUGGUUUGCCACCUAAGUUUGAAAGGUGCUACAUGUGCUUUGAUGGUACAAAGAGAGCAUUCAAGAAUGGUUGUAGACCUUUCAUAGGAUUGGAUGGUUGUCACUUAAAGAACAAAUAUGGUGGAAUAUUGUUGAUAGCUGUCAGUAGGGAUGCUAAUGAUCAGUAUCUUCCACUUGCCUUUGGUGUUGUGGAGACUGAGUGUAGAGACUCUUGGAGCUGGUUUAUGAGGUUGCUUCUUGAAGACAUAGGUUCUGAUAAUAGGUGUUGCUUCAUUUCUGAUCAGCAAAAGGGAUUGGUGAAUGUAUUUGAGGAAGACUAUCCUGAAUUUGAGCACAGGUUUUGCUUAAGACAUUUGUAUGCUAACUUCAAGAAGAAGUUUGGGGGUGGUACACUCUAUAGAGAUCUAAUAAUGGCUGCAGCAAAGGCAACCUAUUUUGAAGACCAUGAGGCUAAGAUGAAUCAAAUUAAAGAGGCAAAUCCAGAUGCCUAUGAAUGGAUGAAUGCUAUUCCCAAGAAUAAGUGGUGUAAGCAUGCCUUUCCCUUCUACUCUAAGUGUGAUGUUCUUAUGAACAACCUAAGUGAAUCUUUUAAUGCUACUAUUUUGAUGCAAAGGGAUAAACCUAUACUAACCAUGUUUGAAUGGAUUAGGAACUAUCUAAUGGGUAGGUUUGCCACUCUUAGGGAGAAGGUAGAGAAUUACAAAGGAGUGAUUAUGUCUAAGCCACUUAGAAGGUUAGAUAGGGAGAUAGAAAAAAGUGCUAGUUGGCUGCCCACUUAUGCAGGUAGAUUAACAUUUCAGGUUACUCAUGUAAUGUUCACAGAUAGUUUUGUUGUUGACUUGGCAAAACAUACAUGUUCUUGUAAUUUUUGGGACUUGGUAGGGAUCCCAUGUAGACAUGCUGUUGCAGCCAUUCAUAGGAAGGUAGAUAACCCCAUUAACUAUGUACACAAGUGUUAUCAUAAGUCUACCUAUGUAACAUGUUACAAUGAAGUUAUCAGUCCUAUUAAUGGCCAAAACAAAUGGCCAAAGACCACUGACCCUGAAAUCUUGCCACCUAGUUAUAAGAGAGGCCCUGGCAGACCAAAGAAAUUGAGAAGAAGAGAAGCUGAUGAAGAAAGUCAAACAAGGUGGCAAAGGACUAACACAAGUCAUAGGUGCAAGAUUUGCUUUGAAUAUGGACAUAACAAAAGGACUUGUAAGAAAAACAAACAGCUAGCAGUUAUUGUUGGUGAAGUACCAAGAGAUGUACCAAGAGAUGUAUCAAGUGAUGUACCAACAGAUGUACCAACAGGUGUUGCACCCACCCAAGGAAGCCAAACACCUAAUGUGGGAACUUCUGGAGUCAAAAAAAGGGCUUCUGUGCAAAUAGGAGGGAAAUCAAAGAAGUCAAAGUCUACUGCAAAUGUAACAGGGAAAUCAAAGAAGUCAAAGUCUACUGCAAAUGUAGGAGGGAAAUCAAAGAAGUCAAAGGCUUCUGUGCAAACUAAUGAUGUGCCACAACAUGAAGCUGUAAGUGAGAAUCAGGCUGAAGAUGUGCAAGCUGGAGAUGUGCCUCAUAGCAAUGAGAAUCAAGCUGAAGAUGUGCCUCAUAGCAAUGAGAAUCAAGCUGAAGGUGUGCAAAUUAAUGAUGUGCAAUCUAAUGAUGUGCCUGCUAAUGAUGUGCCUGCUAAUGAUGUGCCUGCUACCAAUGAAGCUGUAAGUGAGAAUCAAGCAAAUGGUGUGCCUCAUACCAAUGAAGAUGUGCCUGCUAAUGAUGUGCCUCAUACCAAUGAAGAUGUGCCUCAUUCACAAAACACUGUCAGUUCAGCUGAGGCAAUGAAAAGGUAUUGUGGAAUUGAUCCUGAUGAAUUGGAGGCCUUGUUAGAUGAUGAGGAAAUACUUGACAUUGCACCAUUGAGAAUUGAUACUAGUCCUGUCAAGAGUAAAAGACCUGGUCCCAAGACCUUUAUUGGGAAAUGCCCCAAGGUUCCAAAAACUGUCAAACCAUCCAUUGCUCCAAAGGUGUCCAAAGCUGCCAACAAGCCAACUAUGUCAACUAUGAGUGACCCUGUAAAGGUAAUGAUAUCACCAAGGAAAAAGUCCAAUCUUGCUGCAUCUCCAAUUAGAAAGAGUGAUAGGCUAAGGACUUUGAAGGCAAAAAAUAUACCGGGGCCUGGAAGGGAUCAAAAUGAUCCACUUGAAAUUCCUGAUGAAGACACUACUGUGAGCAGUGCUAGUGGGAGCAAGCCAUGGGCUGACAUCCAAAAGAGCAUGACUCAGUGAUCCAUAAUUGUCCUACUGUUUUGUUAUUUACUUUGAAACAUUUGUGUGAUGUAUGAUGAACCAC